AUGGAGCCCGAAACCCACAAUGAUAAUGAUGAGCACGUCAUCGAUGUUACAACCGAUGAGUAUUCUACGUCAGGAUCCUCUUUGGACGAGGGAAGCUACUCUUCAUUAAGCUCGCCUCUGUCUACUGAUGACGGUGCAAGUUCAUCAUCUACGAGAGGCUGUGAUUGUUUUUGGAAUACACUAGAAUUAGUAGUCACUUUGGUUCACAUUGUUGCAGCAUUAGUAAUUUUGACUCUGGCAAAAGAUGAACAUCCACACGCACUUUUGUUAGCAUGGCUCAUCGGUUACACUUGUGGAUGUAUUACCAUUGCCCUCCUUAUUAUCCUUUCGCUUCUCCGCAAGUAUAACCAAGUUGGGGUUUACUCAAGGUCGAGAGUGGAUAGGGUGAUGGAGGUUUUGAAGACUGGGGUUGAAUGUUUAUUUUUUGUGUGGUUAAUCUUGGGGAUUGUAUGGAUUUCUGAUGCACACUCAUCUCCUUCCGAUGCUCCUAAACUCCACAGGCUUCAUUGCUUUCAGUUGGAUUAG